AGGCACUGUGUAAACAGAAAGCGACAGGAACAAAGCAAUCUGUCAGCAAAUGCAAAUAGCCCCCUCCCCUUCCUAACCCCCAACAGAUACACACGCCCCACAUAACCCACUGCAGCUACUCCCCCAAAGGAUGAGGCUUUACUGCAUGGCUUGUCUGUUUAUUUCCUGCCUGUUUAUUUCAGCGAUCGUUCUCUCUGAAGGAAGGACAUUUUUGUCACAGCAUCAUGCCUCAGAGUUUCUUGUCAGAAAACGCCGAGCAAAUUCCUUUAUGGAAGAAAGUAAGAAGGGUAAUUUGGAACGGGAAUGUAUAGAAGAAUAUUGCAACAAGGAAGAAGCCAGGGAGAUCUUUGAGAACAACCCUGAAACGGAAUAUUUCUACCCCCUAUAUUUAGACUGCCUGGCUUCAUUUCGAACAGGAAUCAUCAGGGUGCCAUCACUGACUUCUGAGUUUCCAGCUGACCUGCGAUCCUGUGUAAAAGGAAUACCAAACCAGUGUAUUCCACUGCCAUGCAAUGAAGAUGGUUAUAAAGAAUGCAUAGAUGGACAAGCCAAGUUCACUUGUGUCUGUAAACCUGGAUGGCAAGGAGAGAAAUGUGAAGAGGAUAUAAAUGAAUGUGAAGACCUAUUAAAUAGAAAUGGAGGAUGUAGUCAAACUUGUAUUAAUUUUCCUGGAAGUUACCGUUGUCACUGUGAAGAUGGCUAUUACAUUCAGCCUAAUAAACUGGAUUGCAAGGACAGGAAUGAAUGUAUGUUGGACCCAAACAUUUGUGGGACAGCACAGUGCAAGAAUACGCCUGGGAAGUAUGAGUGUGAAUGUCCAGCAGGCUACGCCUAUAAUUCAACUACAAAGAAAUGCGAAGAUGUGGAUGAAUGUGCUGAAAAUGCUUGUUCUCAAAUGUGUGUCAAUUCUCUGGGAAGCUACACCUGCUAUUGUGAUGGCAAGAAGGGUUUCAAACUUUCCAAGGACAUGAGGACUUGUGAGGUUGUACAAAAUUGUCUCACGCUGAAUCUUGAGAAGAAUUAUGAAUUGCUUUAUCUGGCAGAGCAAUUUUCAGGAAUCCCUGUUUUGUAUUUAAGGUUUAGAUUGCCAGAAGUUACAAGAUUUUCUGCAGAAUUUGACUUCCGGACUUACGAUAACGAGGGUGUUAUACUGUACGCUGAAUCCCCCGACAGCACAGCAUGGUUUUUGCUUGCACUGCGUGAUGGAAAGAUUGAAAUUCAGUUCAAGAAUGAACUUGGAACAAAAGUAACAAGCGGUGGCAAAGCCAUUAAUGAUGGUUUGUGGCACAUGAUUUCUGUGGAAGAACUAGAACAGAGCAUCAGUGUAAAAAUAGCAAAAGAAGCAGUGAUGAACAUUAACAGCCCAAGAAAUCUUUUUAAGCCCUCCAAUGGCUUUCUGGAGACAAAAGUGUAUAUUGCAGGGCUACCUCGCAAAGUGGAUAACACUCUCAUUAAACUGAUUAACCCACGCCUGGAUGGGUGUAUUCGUGCCUGGAACUUGUUGAAUCAGGGAAGUUCAGGUGUAAAAGACAUCAUUCAACAGAAAGAAAGCAAACACUGUUUGAUAAGUGUUGUGAAAGGAUCUUAUUACCCUGGCACUGGAAUGGCAAAGUUUCAUAUUAACUACAACAACAGCCUAUCCAGUACAGAAGAUUGGUUAAUAAAUGUGACCAUGGCCAUCCGUCCAUCCACAGGCACUGGGGUCCUGCUUGCCUUGGUUUCUGGUGAAACAGUGCCUCUUGCUUUGUCCAUAGAUGACUCCAGCUCCACAGACAAACAGGAUAUCAUUGCAUCUAUUGAGAAUGUCAUUGUUGCCCGUUUGGAGUCCAAGCAGUUGUGUACCUCCAGAAGAAUGCUCCUGGGACUCAGAGUGACUAGGCAGCAGCUUGAACUUACAGCUGAUUCACAGUCUGAGAUCACGUACAUGGGACAGCAGCUCUCUGCUCUUGAUCAAGCAAUGAAUGGAUCUGUUGAUACCUACUUAGGUGGCAUUCCCGAUGUUUCAGUUGAGGCCACCCCAGUAACACUGUUUUAUAAUGGUUGCAUGGAGGUGAAAAUCAGCGAUAGACAGUUGGAUCUGGACGAAGCCAUCUCCAAAAAGAAUGACAUUAGAUCACAUUCAUGCCCGUUGCUUAUGGAUGAAAUACAUAAUUCUGAAACCACUGAUUCCCAUCUGUUCAUUAAUCUCUCAAGAGAAAAUCCAGAUUGUUGUGCACAAAAUGAAUAAGGACAGAAAUUGAACUGUAAAGAUUCUCUUUCCUAAUAAUGUGUUUUGAGAACAAAUGAAUUGCAUCCUUUUCCAAAAUAAAGGGACCGCACCGAGAUUAGUAUUUGUCAAAAUAGUUGGUGUCAGUUAUAACAUUUCAAGUAUUUUUAGUCAAAUCAUUCGCUUGUCAACAAUUAUACUGUUCAUAUUUUAUACCUUGGAGAAUAAAUCCAGAAAACAUC